AUGAUGACCAAGAGUCCGGGGACACCAUUUGAAAUCAAGAUUCUACAGAAUUGUGAUCGAGAAACCGGCACCAUUCCUCCCCAAACCAGGAAGCGGAAGGCCGCUGAGGCGACGACGUCCCCCAUCCCGGACGACACUCGACCCAACAAGAGAACCCAGCUCGCCUCAGCCGGCAAACAUCAGGGCCCCGAAGCGGCUCCCCCGACUCCCCUCACCACCACCACUUCCCACAACGGCAACGACAGCCACAGCGACGCCGACCCAGCCGCCGACGCCAUGGACUCCGAAGACGAUUUCAUGUCCAACCUCUCCUCCGAGGAUGACAUGAUGCAGGAGGAUGACAGCGACAACGACAUGUCCAAUCCCGAGGACUUUGACUUUGACGACGAGCCCGAUCUGGACACCGGAAAUAAGGACUCCCAGCAGGCCAAGAAGCACAACUACCUCGAUAUCGACUUCAAGGUGUACCGCCCCGAAGACAUACAAAAACAGCAGGAUGACCUGGUCGACGAGGUCAACAUGAUUCUCGACAUCUCCAAAGAAGAAGCGGCCAUUCUGCUACGGCACUUUCGCUGGAACCGGGAGCGUCUGAUCGAGGAUUAUAUGGACAAACCCCGACAGGUUCUCGAUGCUGCCGGCCUCGCACAGACCGCCGCCGACAAGCCCCGGCUACAAGUCAUUCCUGGCUUCAUGUGCGAUAUUUGCUGCGAAGACGGAGACGGCCUCGAGUCCUUCGCCAUCAAGUGCGGCCAUCGUUACUGUGUUGACUGCUACCGCCAGUACCUAUCACAAAAGAUCCGCGAAGAAGGCGAGGCCGCACGCAUCCAGUGUCCUGCCGACGGCUGCAAUCUCAUUAUCGAUGCCCGCUCGCUCGACCUCCUAGUCACCCCCGAGUUGACGGAACGAUAUCACGAGCUGCUCAUGCGCACAUACGUUGAGGACAAGGAAAGCCUCAAAUGGUGCCCCUCCCCGGACUGCGCAAACGCCAUCCAGUGUGGCGUCAAGAAGAAGGACCUCCCCAAGGUCGUGCCCACAGUAUCAUGUCUGUGCGGCCACCGCUUCUGUUUUGGCUGCAUCUACAACGACCACCAGCCUGCUCCUUGCGAGCUCGUUAAGAAGUGGCUCAAGAAAUGCGCUGACGAUAGUGAAACGGCCAAUUGGAUAUCAGCCAACACCAAGGAAUGUCCCAAGUGUAACAGCACGAUCGAAAAGAAUGGUGGCUGCAACCACAUGACAUGCCGCAAGUGCAAAUACGAGUUCUGCUGGAUGUGUAUGGGGCUUUGGUCCGAACACGGCACGAGUUGGUACAACUGCAACCGCUUCGAGGAAAAGAGCGGCGCCGAAGCCCGCGAUGCUCAGGCCAAGUCCCGAGUCUCCCUGGAGCGUUAUCUCCACUACUACAACCGCUACCACAACCACGAGCAGUCAGCCCGGCUCGAUAAAGAUCUUUACGUCAAGACUGAGAAGAAGAUGGUGGAGCUACAAAAGCAGUCGGGUAUGUCCUGGAUCGAAGUCCAGUACCUACAAUCUGCAUCGCAGGCGUUGCAGACGUGCCGACAAACGCUCAUGUGGACCUACGCCUUUGCCUUUUACCUGGCACGCAACAAUCUCACAGAGAUCUUCGAGAGCAACCAAAAGGAUUUGGAGAUGGCGGUUGAGAACCUGUCCGAGAUGUUUGAGAAGCCCGUCCAGGACCUUGCCCAGCCCGGUCUCAAGGUGGAUAUCAUGGACAAGACGUCGUACUGCAACAAGCGACGCGUUAUUCUCCUCGAGGACACGGCUGAGAACCUUCAGAAAGGUAAAUGGACCUUUAACGUUGAUCUGGUCAGUGGUGCGCCUAUCGUAAAUCCUACGAGCGCUCCCGGCACUAGCAGCCGUCGCUAGGACGACCUGUUGGCGCAGCGUGCCCAUGCCGUGCGAGUCAUGUUGGAAGACGCUACUCGGGGUGGAUUUGGCCGACAUCUCGGACGAAGGCGGCGAUAGUCGUUACCCGCGUGAUGAAGACUAUUCUUUUCGCAAGUCGAUUGAUGGCCCUGGGCUACUGAAGCAUGCAAGCCAUUCCCGAAGAGUAUCUUCAGAACACUCCCCAUUUUACAUUCGGGGCCGACUAGGAAGCCAACCUCCGGGUGCGUGCCUGGAAAGAGUGGCGCGCUUCAAGGAAAACACUCGUAGAUCUAAACGCACAGCUUAUACUCGCAUUUUCUCGGGUCUGGCAAUGGAGACGGACACAAACGAAGGAGGUGUCUCAGGUGCGUGCAACACAGUUGCGAAUGGUGGAUGCCAUCGGGAGCAAGAUAGUAAAGGCUCUCAAUGGGCGUUAUCCUCCAUACC